AUGCCUCCGAUGCAGGGUGAGGACUCCCUCGUGGGCCAGCCCCCGGAGGACGACCUGGGCGACUGCCUGGGGUACGCCAGCGACUUCCGGAGGUACGGCAGGGCGGAGAUCAUCGAGAUCUGCAGCGGGAUGGACGACGUCGCCAAGCCAGACGGCUUUGCUCGGCUGGAGGCAGAGGACCCCAGCGCGGCCCCGCUCUUCCUCGAGAGCCCGUGCAAGGAGACCCUCUUCUCUCUCGUCAGCCUGACCAGUCGGUUUGCUCCCUGUGCCGAGGCACUAAGUCACUAA